UUGCACAUUUUAUUUCACUAAGUGGCUAUUUUUACGGGGUUACUCAACUCAUUGUUUGUGCGUAGUUUACUAGUGUUUUUAUUUCAUCAUGGCGCAAGAUACGGUUGCCUCUCCCUAUGGGGAGAGUACAGACUUGAAAUUGUUGGUCCGUAGACGUGGUGGAAUACGUAGUAGACUUACUAUAUUCAAACAGUUUAUUGAUAAAUACCAAGUUGGUAGUAAAGCCUCUAGCCUUAGUCCUUUAGAAGUGAGAGAGCUAUCUUUGCGACUCACACAGCUACAAGAGUUAUUGUCUAAAUUUGAUAGUGUUCAAUCUCAAAUAGAAGAAAUUGAUCAAAAUUUAGAUCAACAAAUGUUAGAGCGAGACUCUACAGAAAGUGAAUUUUAUUCCAUGAUUUCUUUUACACAAGAAUUGAUAAGUUUAAAUUCAGAAAGUAGUAAAGAAAAUAAGUCUGAGUCAUUUCAUUCAAGUUGUAGUAAAAUGAACAAUUCUGUCAAAUUACCAACUAUUAAUUUGCCUACAUUUGAUGGCAACUAUUCUAAGUGGUUAGAGUACAGAGACACAUUUGAUUCUUUAAUAAAUAAUAAUGAGUCCAUACCAUUAAUAAAUAAAUUUCAUUAUUUAAGAAAUUCAUUAGUCGGUAGCGCUUGUAAUAUAGUUAGGUCCAUAGACUUUACCGCUGCAAACUAUCAAGUUGCAUGGAAGUCUUUAUGUGAUAGGUUUAAUAACAAAAAUAUUCUUAUAAAUAAUCACUUACAGGCAUUAACUAAUAUCAAUCCAAUCCAAAAGGAAUCUUUUAAAGCGCUAAGAUAUGUGAUGGAUCAAAUUCAAAAAAAUUUACAUUCUUUAAAUAUAUUAGACAUAUCUACAACUGGUUGGGAUCCUUUAGUUAUAUUCUUGGUGUCAGCCAAGUUAGACCCUAGAACUAAAAGUAAAUGGGAAGAACACAAAGGUCAUUUAAGUCACCUACCUUCUCUUGAAGAAUUUAUAAAGUUUUUAGAUAAUAGAGCAAAUGUCUUGGAGACUGCUAAUGGUAGUAGGUAUUAUGAAAAUAAAAACUCUACUCAUAGUAAGGAUAAUAAGUCUAUUAAAUCAUUAACAACUACAUUGCCUGAUUCAAAAACAAAAACAUGUGUUAUCUGUAAUAAAGCGCAUUAUGUACAUAAAUGUAAUAAAUUCAAGGCUUUGAGCUUAAAGGAUAGGCUGUUAGAAGUGGCUAAGCAUAACCUGUGUAUCAACUGUCUUCGUAGUGAUCACAAUAAUUCAGAAUGUAAAUUGAAUAGUUUUUGCCGGUCUUGUAAUGAAAAACAUAAUUCAUUGUUACAUAGCAACAGUACAAUUACUAACAUAGCCACAGAAAGUACAGAAUCCACUCAGCCACCAACUAUUCCUGUUAGUUUGUCAGCUCAUUCACCAGGCCAUGUUUUGUUAUGUACUGCACAAGUUGAAGUAGUUAAUAUACACAACAAUAAUACUCAGCUUGUGCGUGUGUUGUUGGAUACUGGUAGCCAGUCAUCAUUUAUAACAAAUAACCUGAAGGAAAGGUUAGGGUUACAAGCUACACAAAUUAAUUCUUUUAAUGUUAAUGGGAUAAACAAUGCAGCUUGUAAAAUUAAAGAAUAUUGUAAUAUAAAAAUUAAGUCUAGGGUUAGUUCAUUUAAUAAAAGUGUUAAUUGUCUGGUAAUUCCUAAAAUUACAGGGAACUUACCUGGUGUUCAGGUGGAUGCUGAACACUUGGGGUUGCCCAUUGGGGUAGUACUGGCAGACCCUUUGUUUUAUGUGCCAGCUGAAGUUGAUAUAUUAAUUGGUGCGGACCACUUUUUUGAUAUUGUAAAUAAUAAUAGAAUAGUGUUAGGAUUAAACAAACCUGUAUUGCAGGAGAGUAGCCUAGGUUGGUUAGUUGCUGGCCCCAUAGGUACAACUUAUUUUAACCAAAAUGUACAUUGUAAUUUAGUUAAAAAUAAUAAAUUAGGGUCGCUUCAAGACCUUCAUAAUUUAGUUAAAGGGUUCUGGGAGGUAGAAGAAUUGCCUACAGACUCUAAUAAUAAUUAUUCAGUUGAUGAACAGUAUUGUGAAUCUCAUUUUAAUAAAAACACUUGUCGUUUAGCAGAUGGUAGAUUUUCUGUAAUGAUGCCUUCAUUCCUAAAGCAGGAAGAAGGUUAUUGGCCUAUUCAACCUAACACUAUAAUUCAAAACUUACCAGAGGUCAAAGUAUUAGUCUCAGAUGUAGAAAUAACUAAAAAUAAUUUAGUACAAUUUGAAAGGUAUUCUAGUUACAGUAGACUUAAAAGAAUUUACGCAUAUGUUUUACGCUUUAUUAAUAAUUGUAAAAAAGUGUCAAAAUUAAAUGGACCUUUACAAGCUAAUGAACUGGAGAACUCUUUAACACUAUUACUUAAGGUUAGCCAAUCAGAAUCGUUUGCAAAGGACAUAAAGCACAUUAAAGAGGGAAUAAAACUGCAUCACAAAAGUAAGUUGUUACCCUUAAAUCCUAUUUUAGAUACUAAUGGUUUAAUUAGAGUAGGUGGCAGACUAAGACAGUCUGAUUGUCAGUAUGACAAAAAACACCCUAUUUUACUGGACUCUAAACACCACUUUACUAAACUUUUGAUGAGAUAUGAGCAUUUACAUCUUAUGCAUGCAGGUCCACAGUUGCUCCUGGCAUCAGUACGUGAGAGAUUUUGACCACUAGGUGGUAGGGUCUUAGCCCGCACUAUAGUUAGGCAGUGUGUAGUUUGCACUAGAAUGAAAGGUCAAACUGCACAACCUUUAAUGGGUGACUUACCAAGUGUUAGAGUCAACCCAGACUUUCCAUUUAAUUCUUGUGGAAUUGACUUUGCUGGACCUUUUAUGAUUUCCUCCAAAAAGGGUAGAGGUAACCGUAUCAGUAAGGCUUAUUUAUGUGUAUUUGUAUGUUUAGUAACUAAAGCCAUACAUUUAGAAGCUGUGAGUGAUUUAACAACCGAAGCCUUCAUAUCAUGUCUGCGUAGAUUUGUGUCGCGUCGUGGCAAGCCUUAUUCUAUACAUUGUGACAACGGAAAGAACUUCGUUGGCGCUGACAAUGAGUUGGGUAGGGUUAUACAGUCCAGCGUUCAGGCGGUAUCAGACUAUGCAGCCAACGAGGCAAUUAAAUUCAAAUUUAUACCCGCAUACUCUCCACAUUUUGGUGGGAUUUGGGAGGCCGGUGUAAAAUCCGCAAAAUUUCAUCUUAAACGUGUUGUAGGCAAUGCCUCACUCACAUUUGAAGAAUUAGGGACGCUCUUCACCCAAAUAGAGGCAAUUCUUAACUCCAGACCCCUUUCCCCUCUGUCAUCAGAUCCCAUGGAUACCACUCCUUUAACCCCCGGGCACUUUCUAAUCGGACGGCCGCUGAUGUCAGUGCCUUCAGCGCCCGCCCAGAACUGUAAAACCAACAGAUACAAAGCCCUCGAGCAGCUGAGACAGGCCUUUUGGGAGAGGUGGCGGAUGGAGUACAUGGCGGAGCUUCAGAACCGGGCGAAGUGGAGAAGGGGCACCUCAACCAUCGAUGUCGGGGACCUCGUCAUCCUGAAGGAAGACAACUUAAUGCCUCUCCACUGGCGCAUGGGUCGCGUCACCAAACUUUACCCCGGAGGCGACGGGAUCUCCAGGGUGGCGGAUAUCUACACUUCCACCGGCACAAUCAAAAGGGCAAUUAAUAAAUUGUGCCCCUUACCGGUGCACCAAGGUUGAAUACAUUCAACGGCCCGGAGGAUGAACGCGCCCAAACGCAGUGCAACGGAACGCAUCGAGUACAGCGGGGGCGCGGGGGGACCACGGCGGCCAGCGCGAGCGACGGACGGCGGCGCCGAGAACAUUCGGCCACAGGCAGCGCAGCGGCAUGCGCCUUACCGCUCGACAUACGCACAGUGCCUUUUAUUAAUAUACAAUAUUUGUUACAGUAUUCA